AUGUUCAUUCCAUGGAUCGUCAACGUCACUGUUCAUUCAGCAAACGUGUUGUCUUCUCUUUCACCACUCUUUUCUGCAUUGGAUACGUGUCAGCUUAACGAUCGCCCCACCCCCAUCGAUCCUUGGCCCGGUGACCUUCGUACCCCAUGGUUACAGGUGUCCUUCUUGAAUCUGCAGGUGCCCUUCAGCCUCACCAUUUUCGUCACUGUUUCUCUGUAA